UAGAUUGAGUAUAACCAUUUAAAUAUAUGAAGUUAAAGCGGAGGGCUUUACCGGGGAUAUUUACCAGGGAUUUUGACUUUCCUUGUUAGGGUUUCAGUGGGAACAACGCUCAUUAUGACGUCGGCAAUGUUUUUCCCGUAUCGAGAAUCAACCUUCAACAGGUUCCUAUCUGUGAAAGAUAGCGCCUACAAGUUAAAAACAGGUCAACCGAAAUACGAAUCCCCUCAGCAUAACUUUUACUGCAUUGCACGGAGUUUAAGUUUACCAGAAAUACCAACAAGCCGAAAGAUGUCUAGGAAAAUGUCGACUGCCAAUCGGAGUGACCAGUUCACGCCAAAAUCUCGUAAGACACGAGGCUCUAUAGCCGGCGCCCGCUACAUGCCGUUGACAGGACGCUCAGACAAACGCUCAGAAGCUCACGAUUCCACAGGGACGCUUGAUAUUGUCUCCCUUCACGACAAACAAGAUGGCGGAGUCACAGGUAUACGGGGGUUAAAGAUGGAAAACACGUACAAAACAGACCCAGAUGAUAUUUUUAAAUUGUGCGAGGUUGAAAAAGUCACAGAAACCACACUAAAGGAACACCUGGACUCAGUAGUCUAUGACUCUGCUAAUUGUAAAGAACUGUCGCAGAAAACAGCCGCAGACAUUUUAGAAAAAGUGAAAAGUUUAGGCUUCAAAAGGUUCAAAAUUAUUGCUAACGUGAGUAUAGGAAGCUUAAAGGAAAAACCGGGGAUGCAAUUUGGAAGUCGGUGCCUCUGGAAUAAAAAUACGGACAACUUCGUUAGUGUAAAGUACAGUAAUAGUUCUAUGUUUGCCGUAGCGAUGGUGUACGGGCUAUAUUUUGACUGAUAUUGCGCGUGCUUGACCACUCCAAGAGUGACCAAGUGAUGAUUUUGACUAAAGUGCUGUUAUUACUAUGUGUUUCGCUGAGGUCAAUGAUGUCUGAUACAAUUAUAUAUGGGCAAUAAAUGUUGCUUAUACCCUUU